AUGAGUACUGCAGAUGUCACCUCAAGGAUGUUCAGCUGGGCGAUUUCAACGCUGAAGAUUUCUAUCGUCGCACUUCUGUCACUUCUGAUUACAUAUCUGAUCCAAAAUGAGUUUGCACGCUUCCGAAGCCGAAUCAAAGGUCUCCCGGGACCUCCGGGCUGGCCUGUGGUCGGGAAUCUAUUUCAAAACUCCAAAGAGGCUCCUGCUGAGACAUAUCGGAAGUGGGCAGGGAUAUACGGACCCGUCUUCCAAAUCCAACUUGGCAACACCACCGGCGUGGUCGUUAACACGGCCGAGUCUGCAAAGCAACUCUUUCUAGGCCAGCGCCAUGCGAUGAACUCUAGACCAACAUUUUACAUCUUCCACAAGAAAGUCAGCAAAGCUGUGACAAGUAUCGGUACAAGCCCUUGGGACGAAUCUUGCAAGCGUCGUCGGAAGGCUGCUGCUGGUGCACUGAAUCGUCCGCGUGUAGAGAGCUAUGCGCCGAUUCUUAACCUAGAGGCAAGAGAGUUCCUCAGAGAUAUUUACUCGGAAGUUAGUGAUGGCUCAAUAGCGAUCGAUUUUCGCCCAGCUGUCCGCAGAUUCGCGCUCAACCUUAGUUUGACCCUCAACUACGGCACCCGCGUGUCCAACGUGACAUCUCUCAAAGAUGAUCCCUUGCUGGCCGAAAUCAUUUACGUAGAGUCAGAGAUAUCUAAAUUCCGAGACACCGGGAAGAACUAUGCCAACUACAUCCCUCUUCUUCGGUAUUGGGAACCAGUCGCCAACGCUUUUGGUCUCAAUUCCAGCCCUAGGGACCAUGCUACUGAUAUUGGACGUCGAAGGCUAGAGUACAAUGAUGUUCUACUGGACAAGCUGAGAGGAGAGGUUGAGCGAGGAGAGGACAAGCCUUGCAUCCAAGGGGCUGUGCUGAGAGACCCGGAGUCUGCAACACUUACUCGGCAGGAGUUGAUCAGCGUUAGUUUGAGUAUGAUGGCAGGUGCCGAUUCCAAUCAACCGACCCUGGCUUGGGCCAUUCUCCUCCUGGCUCAUCGUCCCGACAUCCAGAGCAAGGCAUACGAAGCCAUUAAAGAUUCGGGAGUCUUGCAGAAGCCGUCCAAUUCUUAUGCGUCUACCAAAGUUGAUUACAUAGAUGCUCUGACGAAAGAGAUCGGUCGCUAUUUCGUUGUCCUGAAGCUCGCCUUGCCGAAGGCAACAUACAUCGACGUCACUUGGGGCUCCGCAACAAUUCCUGCUAACACUCUCGUGUUUCUAAAUAGCUGGGCUUGCAAUAGAGAUUCGGAUUUGUUUGCCGAGCCCGAUGUCUUCGCCCCUGAGCGCUGGCUCCCCGACGCACCUGACCAGUACGCUCAUCAAUUUGCUUUCGGCAUCGGCGGGCGCAUGUGCGUUGCAUCUCAUCUAGCGCACAACGCCCUGUACACAGCGUUUCUUCAUCUGAUUGCACACUUUGAGAUCUUCCCCGCCGAUGGGAAAUCCUCCGAUGAGAUAGAUCCAAUCAAGGGCUUGAAGGGAUUGGCGUUUGUGGCGACGCCUAAGGGUUCUCGGGCCCGGUUCGUGCCAAGAAGGGACAUAGAGUUGGAAAGUCUGCUCGACAACUGCGAAGAUGGCACAGGUUAA